UCGUUACCUUACAGUCAGUCAAUAGUUUUGUACUCAUUUUUUAAAUAAAAAUUCAAAAUUUAUUUAUACAAUCUUUAGCCCAGUUCGCCAUGUAUACCGAAAUGUGUCUCUCUGAUGUUCUGUGCUACUUUGUGCACGUGCACAUGCAAAUACCCUUACCCACCUGCAGAACAUACUCCAUCUGGAAGUUCCCGCCUAAUUUCGAUGCGAUCAAUGAGAGAGCAGGCACUUUGUUUUGGUUCUCCGAGAAGAUGUUCCCCCUUAUGUACUACUAUGCUCUAGCCCUUAGUUUCGUUGGAUCGGCUCACAAUUGUCUAGAAUUCAUAAGCAUUUUCCUCAAGAAGCCGCAUCCGAAGAAGACGAAUCGGCUACGGAUGGUAAAGAAUUUCAAAGACAAGCAAUUGCGCCGCUUUCGUAUCAUCGGAAGCAUUUUAAUGUUAACGGCGUGGACAUUACUGCUAUACGCCUUGGCAACUCUUAAGCCGAAUUACAUUGCUCCUUGGUUAACGAUUUAUGCCAUCACUACAUCUAUCGAUAUGUUAUUGGUGGUGAUAGAUGCCUUAGUGAACAUGACUACAGACGACAGCUUCUUGUUCAAGAUUUUGAUCUCGUCUAUCAACUUUUACUGUAUCCUUUCGGUGCGGGCAACUCUCAAGCAACUGAUCGAAUUUUACGGUUAUCAGGAUGUUGUGUGGUGGAUAAAGGAAAAAUUUUCACCUUAAAUUGUGAAAAUAAGUGAAAUUUUUAAAUUUUACGUCAUACUGUAUUUUUCGCAUAUUAGCUAAAUUUAAUAAAAAAAUAA